GCCGCGGAAUCUUCAACCUGUUUGAGUAUUUACAAAUAUGGUGGAGCUCCGGCAGUUUUCCGAUCUCCCAAUUGCCCUCUCUGGAAUCUCCAGAAUCGCCGAUCCUUCUCCUCCCCCGCCAGUCGUUGCCAUACGGCGGCGAUUCAAGGGCGGAGGAAAUACCAGGAGGAUCGUCUUCUCUGUGCCCUUGAUCUUCGCAUUCCCUUUCCCGGUAUGCAUCGUUGCCUUGGGAUCGCCAAAGAGAAUCAACUGUUUUUUUUUUAUUCCCCAAGAUAAGAUGAUUCGCAGGCAAGAAGACUGGAACACCAAAGGAUGUUUUGGUUGGAAUCGCAGCUGUCUUUGACGGCCACAGUGGUUCAGAAGCCAGUGAGAUGGCUUCACAACUUUUGUUGGAUUAUUUUGCUCUCCACAUUUACUUUCUCCUGGACGCAACAUUUUCUAAGGAGCUCACUGGAAAGCUACCAAAUUCACUCAUGCAUCUAUACGACCUCGAUUCCCAAAGGUUCCAAGAUUCAUUGCCGCUCAAUUUUCACUUGGAUAUUCUGAAAGAAGCCUUGCUCAGAGCUAUCUACGACAUUGAUGCAACAUUUACUAAGGAAGCAUCUACUCGAAAGUUGGAUUCAGGUUCAACGGCCACAAUUGCACUUAUCGCAGAUGGUCAACUACUGGUUGCUAGCAUCGGUGAUUCUAAGGCACUUUUGUGUUCUGAAAGAUAUGAGACUCCUGAAGAGGCUAAAGCUACUUUAAUAAAGUUGUACAGAGAGCGUAAGCGCAAUCAAGACUCUUCCCCAUCAAGGUUCUCUGAUUUAAAGCUGGAACAUCGCACUGGACUCAUGCGUUUUAUUGCCAAAGAAUUGACAAAGGACCAUCACCCAGAUAGAGAGGAUGAAAUGCUCCGAGUGAAAGCUGCAGGAGGUUAUGUCACCAAGUGGGCCGGUGUGCCAAGGGUGAAUGGUCAGCUGGCUGUCUCCCGUUCGAUUGGUGACCUUACUUAUAGAAGUUACGGUGUCAUCUCUGCACCUGAGGUGAUGGACUGGCAGCCUCUAGUGGCUAAUGACAGCUACUUGGUAGUGUCAUCUGAUGGUAUCUUUGAGAAGUUAGAGGUGCAAGAUGCAUGCGAUCGCCUGUGGGAAGUAAAGAAUCAAACUAGCUUUGGAGCAGGAGUGCCUUCAUAUUGCUCAAUAUCUUUGGCAGACUGCUUGGUUAAUACUGCCUUUGAGAAGGGAAGUAUGGAUAAUAUGGCUGCAGUCGUGGUUCCUCUAAAAUCCAAUCUAGAUUGGGAGAGCCAACCAAAAGAGCAAUCUGUGGGUCCUUCGGGAUUCAAGAUGAAGAAUACAUAUGCACUGCCAUAUGGAACUUUUAAUCCAUUGCAAUUGAAGCAGACUCAACCACUUUCAACCAUGUUUAACGAGUUAUUGGUUGAAGAAGAAAACAGCAGCUAUUAUAAACUUAAUGGUACCUUUGCAUCAUAUGGGUGACUUACUUACUGGUAGCCUCUUCCGAGUCAUUAUUCUCUGGUGCAACUAAUUUUUCAACAAGGACCAAUUUUUGUGUAUUCUGUUUUCUACCAUCUAAUUCGUUAGUUUUUGGUCUAGC